GAUUGUAGCGCUGUCGGCUUCUCUCUGUUGCUCUCUGUCGAUAUGAAGAUUCUAGCAACAUGGCGUUCACAUUGUGGACACUUUUCGAAGCGACUUUGUUAUGCUUGAAUGCGAUCUGUGUUUUGAACGAGGAGAGAUUUCUCGCCAAAGUUGGCUGGGCGUCGUGGCAAAAUGUACAAGGAUUUGGAGAACCUCCGACAGCUAAGUCACAAAUAUUGAACCUUAUUAAGUCGAUACGAACUGUGAUGAGGGUUCCUCUGAUAUUUUUCAAUAUCUUAACAUUAAUUGUGAAGCUCGUGCUUGGCUGAUACCUAAGGAAAAUAUGUACAAAUGUACAAAUGGAAUGCGCUGUGUGUAAGUCAAAGUCUUGAAAAUGAUGUGUGUAUACAAGAGAAUUUAUUAAAUUGUACUAUUUUUACCUCAAUAUGAAUCACUUUUUACCUUACAUGUACUUUUGUAUGUGAGAAUAGAUUAUGAGAGUGUCAAUUUCUGUAUUAAAAGAAAUAAUAUGUGACACUUGUA